AGGUGGAUCGAGCAGCAGAAUCUGUCACAGCAGACUCGGAUGGACGGGCGGGCACGCGCCUCCCUCCCUCCCUCCGCCUCAGCUCCGCAGGGCGCGUCAGGGAAACUCCUCCUCCGCCGUUUUUCCUCCCCACUCACCGCUGUACAUUUCCACAUCUCCAUCACCGGAGCGCGGAGAGGAUGGAGGCGCUGCUGAAUGAGUGGCUGUGGCGGGAGGAGUUCUGGCUCCCUCCUGGGAUCAGCUGGAAAGACACCCAUUUGCAUGAGGACCAGGGUCACUUCCCCUUACCCAGGGAUCUCCUCUACACCCUUCCACUGGCCUUCGCAUUCAUAGCCCUCAGAUAUGUCUUUGAGAGGGCUGUUGCUGUCCCACUGAGCCGGUGUUUAGGCGUGAAGGACCGCAUUCGGAUCCAAGCUCCUUCGAUCCCAAAGCUGGAAGCCUUUUAUAAGCAGAAGAGCCGGCAGCCAUCGCAGACUGAAGAGUUGGCCUUGAGUAAGCAGUGUGGACUCUCACAAAGAAGGAUCCAGACCUGGUUCAGACACAGGAGGAACCAGGACCGACCCAACAACACAAGAAAGUUCUGUGAAGCCUCCUGGCGGUUUGUGUUCUACCUCAUCGCGUUCGUUGGAGGCCUCGGCUCACUAAUUGAUACUCCGUGGUUCUGGGAUCAAAGGGAGUGCUGGAGGGGUUACCCCAAACAGCCCGUGGCCAGCGCUCAUUACUGGUAUUACAUGUUGGAGAUGGGUUUCUAUUUGUCUCUGCUGCUUUCCGUCUCUGUGGACGUCAAACGAAAAGACUUUAAGGAGCAGGUGAUCCAUCAUAUCGCCACCUUGUUUCUCAUUGGUUUCUCCUACUGUGCGAACUACGUGAGAGUUGGAACGCUGGUGAUGCUGGUGCAUGACUCAUCCGAUAUCCUGCUGGAGUCUGCCAAGAUGCUUCAUUACGCGGUGUGGACGAGGACUUGUGACUCGCUGUUUGUCGUCUUCGCUCUGGUCUUCCUGGUUUCAAGGCUGGUGGUGUUUCCUGGCAGAGUGAUCCACACAACGCUGCUGGUUUCUCUUGACUUUUUUCAACCUUUCUUUGGUUACUAUUUCUUCAACGCGCUGCUGUUAGUUCUCCAAGCGCUGCACAUCUUCUGGGCCUACCUCAUCCUGCGGAUGGUUUACAAGUUUAUCUUCAAAGGCAAAGUUGAGCGUGACGAACGCAGCGACGAAGAGAGCGAGGUGGAUGAAAACGAAGACGAGGACGAAGAUCGUAAGGAUAAAGAGGAUGAGGUGGACUGGAGGCAAAAGAAGGAAAUGAGCAACUCAAACUUAACGUCGCUGGCCCACAACUGUGUCCUGAACAACCUGACCAACCAGAGGAAUAUGAACAGCAGGAUGCCCAAAGCCAGAUAGUGAAGCAGCUCCUCACACGCCGUCGCAGCGUCCCAAUCCCGUUCGCUCGGAAUUAUUUAAUUUAUGCCAUUAAUGCAUGAGUUCAUUCAACACCGUUUAUUCAGAUCAGGAGACGUCUACAUGUUCUUUAAAAAGAAUAGAGCACAGAGGAUUUGCAAAUGUGUGUAGUAGGGCUGCCAAAAACGGCUAUUUUAAUAGUCGACUAAUCACCGAUUAUUUUUUCCGAUUAGUCGACUAAUCAUUCGCAAAAAGGAUGUAAAGCACUCAUCUUAACCAUCAUUAGCUUUAAACUAACUAAAAAUAAAGACGAUGAAGAUGAUAGUUUAUAAACUUUUAAUAAAUCAUGCAGCCUCUGUCCUUAAUUAGAUUCUGGUAUUAAAACAAGAAUAAACUAAAAAAGUUGCAUUACCUGUAAUAAUGUUAGUGUGAAUACUUUUAGCUGAAAGUAGUCACUGAAGAUGCUGAAGCUUAUUUCUGAAAAUAGUGACUCAAUUUACUUAAAUUGCUGCAGAGAUUUACUGAAAAUGCAAAAGCUAUUUGCUAAAUGUUACAUCUGCUAAAAGAUUAUUUGUUAAAGAACUAUGAAGCACUGAAGUGACCAAAAUUUAUUUCAAAAAUUGUAGUAAAUUGCUUAAAAAUCCCUAAUACAUGCCAGUUUGGCAAAAAUAUUUAGCGUGUUGCUUAAAUAUG